UUUUCUGUUUCUAUAAAUAAUCUCUCAAUUAGGAACAUUAAUGCAUCAUCAUCACAAAUUAGAAAAAUGGCAAAGAUUUCACUCUCAAUUACUCUUAUGAUUCUCUUCUGUAGUUUAACUCUUGCAUCAAGAACAAAAAUCUCAUCCUUAAACACUAUUACUGCAUUGGCACCAUCAUCUAAUGAUGGUGUUUGUUCAUCAUUAGUGAAGACACAAGGCUAUGCUUGUGAAGAACAUUUGGUGACAACACAAGAUGGUUAUGUUCUUAACAUGCAAAGAAUUCUACCAAGAGGGAGAAGAAUUGGAAAUAGUGUACCUGUUGUGUUACAGCAUGGAUUAUUCAUGGAUGGUGUGACUUGGUUGUUGCUACCUCCAAGACAAUCUCUUGUAUUUCUUUUGGCAGAUAAUGGAUUUGAUGUUUGGAUUGCUAACACGCGCGGAACAAAAUAUAGUCAUCAACAUACAACAUUUUCUAGUAACAGCUCGGAUUAUUGGAAUUGGUCAUGGGAUGAAUUAGUUGCAUAUGAUCUUCCAGCAACAUUCAAGUAUGUGCAUGAUCAAACUGGACAAAAACUACACUAUGUUGGUCACUCGCAGGGAACUUUGGUUGCAUUGGCUGCUUUUUCCAAAGAUCAACAACUGGACAAGUUGAGAUCAGCUGCUUUGCUUUGUCCAAUUGCUUAUGUUGGUCAGAUGACCUCACCAGUAGCGAAAAAUGCCGCUGAUCAUUUCAUUGCAGAGUCUCUAUACAAAUUGGGAAUUUUUGAAUUUAGCCUUAAAGGGGGAGCUGCUGUGAAGUUUCUUAAGGACAUGUGCAAGAGCACAUCCAUUGACUGCACCAACUUGUUUACAUCUUUUACAGGUCCAAAUUGCUGCGUAAACCCUUCGAUAAUGAAUACUUUUUUGGACCAUGAACCUCAGCCAACAGCAACAAAGAACAUGAUGCAUCUAUCUCAGAUGAUAAGGCAAGGAACAAUAUCAAUGUUUGAUUAUGAGGACAAAGAUGAGAAUAUUAGACACUAUGGACAAUCAAGUCCACCAAUAUAUGACAUGACAAGACUUCCAAGUGAACUUCCAUUGUUCCUAAGUUAUGGCGGUGCUGAUGCUCUUGCUGAUGUUAAAGAUGUGAACCUUCUACUACAAAGUCUUCAAGAUCAUGAUGCAGAUAAGCUUGUAGUGCAGUAUAGAAAUGAUUAUGCACAUGCAGAUUAUGUUAUGGGACAAAAUGCUAAACAAGAUGUAUAUGAACCUCUUAUAUCUUUCUUUAAGCUUCAAUGAUAUAUAUUUCAACAAUAUACUAUAGUAUACCUUAUAGAAUUUUUUGAAAAUACUUUGUUUCCAUGCAUGUCAAAGAAAUUAAUAGUACAGAAAUUUAAUUCAGCUUGUAAGCAUACAGAAGAUAUAUUGAUUGUUAAUAAAUGAAAUUUCUAUAUAC